UCGCCAGUGCUCGUCGUUCUCACGCAGCUCAAGAAUUUUCAUCCUUCAUUCGGCUUGAAUGGUUUACCGUUUGGAGUGCAGAAUCAGCAGAAUUUGACGGAAACCCGGUAAAGAACGCAAGUUUCGGUUUAAAAUCAAUCGUCCUAGUGUAUAUAAGUGGUUCCGGUUUUAUUCUGCAUCAGUGCAGCUGGUCAGCCGUGUGAUUAACUGUGAAAAAUGCGUGAAAUAUGCUGCUGGAAAAUCGAAGGCACAUUCCUGCACAUCCUUUGCCACAGCUUUGAGGGAGGUCAAGUACAGCACCCGGAAAUGAUCUCGCAUGAUUAUUAAAGUUUCGAUUAGUGUCCCUGAAAGGACGAAACAUCGUGAAAUUAUGCCAAUUAAUAAUCAAACUGGAUAAGAUAAAAAAUUAGUGAAACAGUUCGCAGAAACAUGAAAAUGAUUGCCGAAGCAAAUAAUUUUUCCUCCCGCAAAUAAAACCUACCCACACGAAUGUACUUUACACACACAUCUGUGGGAGUGUAUGAGAAGUGGAGCGGAAAAAUGUAAACAAUAAACCUCUUGGGAAAGAAGAGCAGAAGAAAAAAGAUAUGCGAACAGUAAACAUCAAAAGUGUUGCUAUUUCGCUGUAAAUCUGAAAAAGUUAAAAAUAAUGAAAUAUUUAAAAUAGCCCAACUGUAAUAUGUAAUGUAAUUUUCCCGGCUAUUAAAUAUAUUAUACAUAGGAAAACAAAUCUAAAAUAACCAGAGAGAGAGAAAAAAAGUAUUUACCUGACAUGCAGUGGUACUACAAGCUGCUAGCCCGUCGCCCGCAUUUUGUGGUGCUCUCGGUCGGCAUCUGCUCGAUUGCCUGCAUAGUGGUGGCGCUGGUGGCGAGAAAACUGCCAGACUUUGACGAUCCGACGUUGGGCUUUGAAGCCAGGGGCACGCCGAUCGGCAGCCGGUGGACCGCGUGGCGCAAUUUGUUGGAGGAAACCAGCGCUUCCGGUCGGUUGAUUGCCAAUCCCAAGGAGCUAUACGAUCGACAAGCGGCCACGGAAUACGAAACCGGUUUCCGCCCGCAUAAACGUAGGAAGGAUCGCAAAAAGAGCAACGGCAAAUCGAAAAAGCGGAAUAAGUUGAACAAAGUCAAAUUAUUGAAAGAACUUAAGUUGAACAACAAAUCCUUGAACGGUGAGGUAAUAAGCUUCGAAGAGUAUGACAAUGAAACAUUCAUCAGCAGACACGACAACUGGGAAUACGGACGGAAUAUGUCUUUUUACACGGAGGAGACUGGUAACAAAACGAUGGAGAAGAAGCGUGCCAAGUGGGAUACGUUAAGAAAUCUGAAUCCGCCACCGGAUCCCAUAGAAAUGCAUAUUCCGGCGGAUGGUUUCUUCUGUGAAUCACCAAACAAAGAAUUUGCACACUUUGUGGUGCAGCGCGUGAAGCACAAUCUGAGCGACAGUCUGUUCGAAUUGAACGCAUUCCUGGCGAUGUGUGACCUCGAGCAGCGUAUCGUCAGCACCGACCACUACUCGGACCUCUGUCAGAAAGAACUCACCACGGACAAUUGCUGCCGGCCGUGGUCCGUGGCGAACUACGUGACGUUCCUAUCGAACAAAACCUCCUGCUUCGAUCUAAACGAGGAGGACAUUGCCAUGGUUAAAACAUUGCUGUUUGAUUGCUUCCAGUACUAUCACAACAUGAAGCUGAGCAACGAUUGCAUUCGAUCUGCCUGCGUGGUUCCGAACGAAUGCAAACAGCACAAUGCUGUUUACAAUAUAUUGCAUUAUUUGACGGACGUGGAUUUUAUUAAGCUGAAUGAAUCUUCCGAGUUUCUCAACGCAACGAUGAUUUUCUUUCCAAUAGCCAGGAGCACGAAGGCAAUGGACCUCUAUCACAGUCUUCGACAAGAGAACUUGGAGAACCCACUGGUUGCAGUCGUGGCUAUGGAUAUGGGCUUGAAGAAUGCCCUUUUCGAUGAAUGUCUCCUGCGGGACGGUUGGCUGGUAGGACUCGGCGGGAUUUUCGUAGUGGUUUCGAUGUGGAUCUACACAAAGUCGCUGUUUGUCACACUUAUGACGGUGGUUGCUGUGAUUUUCUCGCUCGGGAUCGCCUACUUCAUCUAUACGCUGAUCUUUGAGCUAUCGUUCUUUCCGUUCAUGAACAUGCUGGCUGUGGUCGUGGUUGUUGGUAUCGGUGCCGAUGACGCUUUUAUUUUCCUCAAAAUAUGGCAGUGUGUCCUCGUGGAUCGGGUGAAAGCAACCGGCGCAGUGGUCGCGCUGGGACCAUCAUCAUCGGCCUAUGCGUCGGAAGCAAAUGCGGCCCGAUCGGAUACACUGGUCGGUAUCAUGGGCAGUACGAUGAGGCAUGCGUCCCUGUCCAUGCUAGUCACAACGUUGACCACGGCAGCCGCUUUCUACGCUUCAUUCGUCAGCUCAAUAACUGCUGUAAGGUGUUUCGGGAUUUUCUCCGGCACUGCUGUGAUAGCAAAUUAUUUUCUCAUGGUGACGUGGCUACCGGCCUCGGUAUCCAUUGCGGAGCGGAUAUCAUGCAUAUCUCUUUGGAAACCAGUGGAACGUAUCGUAGAGAAGCUCACGUAUCCGUUCAGAGCAAUUAGUCAAUUAGGUAGAAAAAUUGAGGAUGGCAUUAUAUCAUUAGUUAUUAGUGUUCCACUGUUGUGGAUUGUUUUGCUGGGUGUUAUUGGUGUACUUAGCGGUGUGACUGUACUCCAUUGGCCGAAGUUGCGACUGCCGGAUUCUCCAGAUUUCAAGUUGUUUAUCAGCAGUCAUCCUUUCGAACGGUAUGACAGCGAAUACAAGGAUCUCUUCUGGUUCGAGAAAGUCUACAGUACAACGGACACCUUCAAGCUGCCGUUGCGGUUUGUGUGGGGCGUGCAGCCAGUCGAUCGCGGCAAUUUCCUCGAUCCGGAAGUACGCGGCUCAUUGUACUUCGACGAAAGCUUCAACAUGAGUGCCCCCGAGUCGCAACAGUGGCUGCUGGGGUUCUGCAAAAGCCUCAAGAACCAGACCUUCUAUCAGAUGAGCUACGGGCUGCUGCUGCCGAACUGUUUCAUCGAGAACUUCAUCAACUGGAUGUCCCGGCGGUGCAAUGAUUCGUUCGGCGACAUCGACAGGACACCGUGCUGUGAGGCAUCGCCGUUUCCGUUCGCCCCGGAAGUGUUCGACCAGUGCCUACCGGAGUCGAUAUCGAGCUUGUACGAGACGCCGCGGGAGUUUUUCAUUCCGGGAGUGGCGGGGCCGAAGUUUGCGCGGCAGUCCUUCGUCAACGCGACCGUGCUGCCGCAAGUGAAGGCCGUCGUGAUCGAGUACGAGAGCAAUCAGGUAUUUACGAUGUCGUAUUCGGAAAUUGACAUUUUUGUACAGGCGGUGGAAGAGUGGCUAGGAAAAAUGCUGGAGAAUGCGCCAGCUGGGAUGCGGAGUGCAUGGUUUAUAAGUGAGCUGGAGUUUUUCGACCUGCAGGACACGUUGUCGACGGGGACGAUGGUGGCCAUUUGUAUGGCCAUGGGUGUAGCGUUGUUGGUUUUGCUGUUAGUAACAUUGAAUGUGUUAAUUAGUUUGUACGCGAUUGUGACAGUUACGUUCACGAUUCUGACGACGGUGGCCGUUCUAGUGCUGCUGGGUUGGAAGUUGAAUGUACUGGAAAGUGUAGCCGUCAGUACGGCAAUAGGAUUAGCGGUAGAUUUUAGUUUACACUAUGGGGUUAAUUAUCGCAUGUCCUCCGAUACCGAUCGGAAAUCGUCGACGCAGUACUCGUUAGCUAGGAUGAUUGGCCCAACGGCGAUGGCAGCCAUCACUACCGGCAUUGCGGGAGCUCUGAUGCUGCCGUCCAAUGUGCUGGCUUACAUUCAGAUCGGGGUAUUUCUCGUAAUAGUGAUGUCCAUCAGUUGGAUCUACGCGACGUUCUUCAUGAUGAGCUUGCUCAGGCUAAUCGGGCCGCAGUUUGGUUUCGGGCAGUUUCGGUAUCCGAAAUUGCGGGGUGCACUGCGGGAUAACGGGAAAGCGCAGAUGGACGGUUCAGGCAGGGCGAAUCAUUUGCAUCAGAACACGGUUUCCGAGCAGUUGCUGUCGAACUCGAGUUCGGCGGCGGGAGAACUGGCGGGAUCGGAAACGCACGAGCUUGAUUCGCUUACUUCGAAUUCCAUUAUCAAGCCAAUCAAUCUGGACAUUUCACGUCCAAUCAAUUUCGAUCGGGCGUUCAAGAAAAAGUACUCGCUACCACGAGAGCACAGUCCGUCGACGGCCAGUGCCAUUACGGUGGUUCUGCCCGACGACGUGUAUUUCAAGAAUGGGUAAUGACGGGUAAGUUUUUGAGGUUAGCUUGGGAAAACGUGUUUUAGACGGUUUCACGAUGACAAAUUCGAACAGUCAGAAGGUUCAAUAAUAUUUUUUUUAGCAAAUAACCAUUGAACUAGUUUCAAUAAAAGACUGUUAGAUUGUGGAUAGGCUGUGUAAAUUUGGUCGAGAACUAGAUAGGUGUCAGAUUUGUAUUGUUUGAACGCAUUCAAAUUAGUGCAAAAGAGAGUUUUAAAAAUAUUUACUCGAACAUGCACUAAGUUCCAUCAAUAAUGGUUCUCGCCUAAAAUUGUUCACAUAACUAUAUCAUGUGAUUGAAAAUUUUGCUUAGACUGUGUUCAGUUUUAUCUAUGCGUUUCCCACUCUUUCUGAUUAUCUGCGAUGGUUAUUACACACUUUCUAGCACUCCAAACGCCAAAUGACGAGUGCCAUUAUCGCUAACAUCUGAACCGGACUAUACCUUUUUCACAGUAUUACUUUCACUUAAGAUUUCUUGAUUUUGAUGCAAUGGGAAAUUGCGCUUGAGCAAUGAUUCUUAUCCCAUUUCUAUUGUAAAUGGUCGCAUACAAGUCAUUUUGAUGGUUUGUAAAGAUAAGUUUUGGCAUAUUAAAUGCGUCAAUAU